UUAACCUUGUUAAUAAGACGGGUUAUGAAUAUCCGGUUGGAGAAGCUUACGAGAAGGCUGUCAAACAAUUGGAUGAUUCCAGACUGCUUUAUUAUCAUUUUGAUUUUCAUCAUGAGUGUCGAAAAAUGCAAUGGGAUAGGAUUCAAAUUUUAAUUGACUCAAUUGAAGAAGAAUUGCUACAACAAGGUGAAGAAUUAGAAAAUAAUAAUGUUACUUACAAGUAUCAGACAUCUGUGGUUCGCACCAAUUGCAUGGACUGCCUUGAUCGUACAAAUGUUGUACAAUCUGCUUUGGCUAAAUGGACACUAACCCAACAAUUGCGAAGUGUUGGUGUGCUGAGCAACAAAGAAAGAAUUGAAGAAAUUGUCGAUUUCAUGGAAAAAUUUAGAAAUGGUAUGUGUAAAAGCAUUAAGCAAUUUUCAUAUGAAAAUUUAAAUCCUAAUGCGUUAUUUAACGACAUAACUCGUAUUCCAUACUCCGGAACAGGUGCCAUGAAAACCGAUUAUACUAGAACUAAGCAAGGGGCUGCUAUGGAUUUACAAACUGCUGUUACUCGUUAUAUGAUGAAUAACUUUAUGGAUGGGUCACGACAG